GGUGACGUCAUUGCAGUUGGUGUUUUGGCCUCCGUCGCUCUCCGUAGAGCAUCAGUCAUUGGCAGUGUAUGUGGCCGGUGUCGGGCGGGGUGCGCAGGGAAACAGGGCGGUGACGCGAUUGGAAGCCAGUGGGGAGAAGUGAGGUUGGCGAUUCGAUUAAAGCUUGAAGUUCUUCUAUUGCUUUCUGGAGGAUUGAAAGAUUCCUCAACAUGUCUGACAAAAGUGAACUGAAGGCGGAGUUGGAGAGAAAGAAGCAGCGUUUGGCUCAAAUAAGAGAAGAGAAAAAAAGGAAAGAAGAAGAAAAGAAAAAGAAGGAGUCUGAUCAGAAGAAGGAUGCUGCCCCUCCGCAGGAAGAGUCUGAUUUGGAGAAGAAGAGGAGAGAAGCUGAAGCCUUACUCCAGAGCAUGGGUAUCACCCCUGAGCCCCCGCUGGUCCCUCCACCAACGUCGCCUUCCUCUAAGUCUGUGAGCACCCCAAGCGAAGCCGGAAGUCAAGACUCUGGUGAUGGGACGACUGGGGGUCGUUCCAGACCUGCAGUUACCAAGAAGACUCUGCACUGGGACACAGAUCCGUCAGUUCUUCAGCUCCACUCUGACUCUGAUCUGGGACGUGGUCCAUUGAAGUUGGGCAUGGCCAAAAUUACCCAAGUGGAUUUUCCUCCAAAAGAAACGGUCACGUAUACAAAGGAGACACAGACCCCAACCGUCACCCAGGAAAAUGAAGGAGAUGAAGAAGAGGAGGAGACGGUAACUCCAAAGCCAACAGCUGCACCUGAAGAGGAAAAGCCUGCAAAGAAAGAAGAGAGGAAUGAAGCCCCGCCACAUGAGCUGACUGAAGAGGAGAAACAGCAGAUUGUCCACAGCGAAGAAUUUAUAUGUUUCUUUGACCACAGCACAAGAAUUGUUGAGCGUGCCCUGUCUGAGCAAGUCAACGUUUUCUUUGAUUACAGUGGCCGAGACUUGGAAGAAAAAGAAGGGGAAAUACAAGCCGGCGCAAAGUUAUCUCUGAAUAGACAGUUUUUUGAUGAACGUUGGUCAAAGCAUCGUGUGGUCAGCUGCUUGGACUGGUCUUCUCAGUACCCAGAGCUGCUCGUUGCAUCAUACAACAACAACGAGGACGCCCCCCAUGAACCAGAUGGCGUGGCCCUUGUGUGGAACAUGAAAUAUAAGAAGACAACCCCGGAGUAUGUGUUUCACUGCCAGUCUGCGGUUAUGUCUGCUGCUUUUGCAAAGUUUCACCCAAACCUGGUAGUCGGUGGGACGUAUUCAGGCCAAAUUGUCUUAUGGGACAAUCGAAGUAACAAGAGGACACCAGUCCAGAGGACUCCGCUAUCAGCAGCUGCUCACACGCACCCCGUGUACUGUGUUAAUGUGGUUGGCACACAGAAUGCCCACAAUCUGAUCAGUAUAUCCACAGAUGGCAAGAUCUGUUCGUGGAGCCUCGAUAUGCUGUCUCAGCCACAGGACAGCAUGGAGUUAGUUCACAAGCAAUCGAAGGCCGUAGCUGUCACCUGUAUGUCCUUCCCAGUGGGAGAUGUCAACAACUUUGUGGUGGGAAGUGAAGAAGGUUCUGUCUACACAGCAUGCCGUCAUGGAAGUAAAGCCGGUAUAAGUGAAAUGUUUGAAGGACAUCAAGGACCAAUUACAGGGAUCCAUUGUCACUCCGCUGUGGGAGCUGUGGACUUCUCCCACCUCUUUGUCACCUCCUCCUUCGACUGGACAGUAAAACUGUGGACAACAAAGAAUAACAAGCCCUUGUAUUCAUUCGAGGACAACUCUGACUACGUUUAUGAUGUCAUGUGGUCUCCCACUCAUCCAGCCCUAUUCGCUUGUGUGGAUGGAGUAGGACAAUUGGAUUUGUGGAACCUCAACAACGAUACAGAGGUCCCUACAGCCAGCAUUACAGUUGAGGGAAAUCCAGCUCUCAAUCGGGUCAGGUGGACUCAUUCUGGUAGAGAGAUUGCCGUGGGAGACUCUGAAGGAGAAAUCUUCAUCUAUGAUGUGGGAGAGCAGAUUGCCGUGCCUCGCAAUGAUGAAUGGACCCGCUUUGCAAGAACACUUGCAGAAAUCAAUGCCAACAGGGCUGACGCAGAAGAGGAGGCAGCUAACCGCAUUCCUGGCUAAAUGCUUUUUAGGACAUGUGACGUAAAGAGAGCCGCACUGACUUGAUAUACCCUCCAGAGCUCUAGCAUGUGUCUGUUCAAAAGAUAAUUUAAGAAGCCCUAUGUGGAUAGGAUCUGUGGACUACAAUGUUUUAUAAACUUCAUUGCAACCAAUUGCAGUGUCCCUUUUUAUUUGUACCUUCACGUUUGUUGUCCCUUCACUGUGUGUAAUAGUCCACCUCUGUCUGACCAGUGGCUGGUGGACCUUUACUGUCAGACCAGCUGCUCAGAAUAACGCCACUUUAAAAAAAAAAAAAAAAUCCAUUUACCUUACUAAUGCAACUGUUACUGCAAAUCUAACCCCUCAGGAUAUCACUAUUAUUAGGGCUGUGUGUGUGCCAUGGUUCCAGCACUCGGCAAACUACUGCAUGCAGUGGACUCUUUUAUGUUAAUACCAUUACUUAGUCUGCCAUUUUAUUAAAGGAAAAUGUUUCUAACUUGA